AUGUUGGGAGAGAAAGCAGUGCUGCCGAUCAAACUCCUUUCACUGACGGAUAACACUGUCAAGCGCAGAAUUGAUGACAUGGCAGACAAUGUGCUACAUCAGCUGAUAGAGAACAUAAAAGGGAGCCGGUUUUAUGCCAUCCAACUGGACGAAUCAACUGACAUUGCCAAUGUAUCAAAUCUGCUUGCCUACAUCCGAUACGAAAAGAAUGGCGAAAUAAAGGAAGACCCUUUGUUUUGUAGACCUCUGCCAACCCGUUCAACUGCUGAGGCAAUUUUUGACAUUUUGAAUGCUUUCGUAGUUUCCAAUGGUAUUGAAUGGUCCAAAUGUGUUGGGGUGAGCACUGAUGGAGUGCGUGCAAUGCUGGGCCAGCACAGCGGAGUUGUCAGUCGUGUAAAAGCGGUGGCCCCUCAAGUGAGCUCUGUCCACUGCAGUAUACACCGCGAAGCACUGGCUGCAAAGAAAAUGCCCCUGAAUCUGAAGACUGUUUUAGACCAGGCAGUCAAAGCCGUUAACUUCAUCAAAAGCCAUCCACUGCAAACACGUUUAUUUUCCGUGCUGUGUGGAGAGAUGGGCAGUGAUCACCAGCAGCUGUUGUUACACACAGAAGUGCGAUGGCUCUCGAGGGGAAAGGUGCUGACGCGCCUUUUCAAGCUGCGGGAUGAAGUGCGCGUGUUUUUUCUCGACUCAAAGUUUGAACUCGCACACUGCUUCAGUGAUUUUGAAUGGCUGGCUAAAUUGUGUUAUCUCGCCGACAUUUUCAGCCACUUAAAUGCUUUGAAUCUAGCUCUUCAGGGAACCCCUGUUAACAUGUUCAAGGUCCAGCACAAAGUGGAGGGAGCGAUAAGAAAACUCAUGCAGUGGGAUAAGCGUGUCGACCAGUCAAAUUAUGACUCCUUUGAAAACUUGUCAGAUUUUUUGACAAAGGAAGAGAGGCAGCUUCCCAUCCAUGUGACUAACGCAAUCAAAGAGGACCUCCAUGGUUUGAAAACACAGCUGCGUGAAUACUUCCCUCCCCUCAAUGCACAAUGCAGUUGGAUUGAAAAUCCAUUCGGCGUUCACAGUGACAAGGCCAUUGCUGCCCUGAGCGCAAAAGAGCAAGACAGUCUUCUGGAUCUCUCCUGCGACACCGCAUUGAAGCUGGUCUUCUCACAGAAGCACCUGAUAAACUUUUGGCUUCAUGUUGCUUCUGAGUAUCCCGAUCUGGCCGACAGAGCUGUGAGAUUUCUGAUGCCUUUUCCGAUGACGUACCUAUGUGAGUGCGGGUUUUCUGCACUAGUGGCGCUGAAGACAAAGUACAGAAAUAAACUGAAUGUUGAGCCAGAUCUUCGACUUCGACUGUCAUCCAUUGUGCUAGACAUAAAGUAUCUGGUUGGCACCAUGCAACAUCAGCCUUCACAUUAG